CAUGCAGCGGUCCUGAGCAAAUCCUCUGAGAGGAUGCAUCUUCUUGCUCUCGAUCAGGUACUCCUUCUCCAAGGAUCCAGCACCAAAGCUGGUGAGUACUGGGAAUCCAUGUCUGUUCUGGUCAUGGGGGGAGAUCAUUGGGUCACAAAAUGCAUACCACACUCCUGUCCCUACAUGGCCUAUCUGGAAAUUGUCAGUUCUGAAAAUUACCUGACCACCAGCAGUGGCUUCCUGAUAAGACGAAACUUUGUGCUGACUGCAGCUCACUGUGCAGGAAGGUCUAUAAAAGUCCUCCUAGGAGCCCAUAACAAAACAUCUAAAGAAGACACAUGGCAGAGGCUUGAGUUUGAAAAGCAAUUCCUUCAUCCAAAAUACAAUGACUAUUUGAUUCUCCAUUACAUCAUGCUACUGAAGUUGAAGGAGAAAGCCAAGCUAAUCCUGGGUGUGGGAACCCUCCUACUCUCUGCCAAUUUCAACUUCAUCCCACUUGGGAGAACAUGCAGAACAGUUGGCUGGAGCAGAACCAAUAUGAAUGAACCAGCCUCAGAAACACUGUAAGAAGUAAAAAUGAGACUAAAACACUUCACGAGUUUUGAAUACAAUUCCCAGCCUCUUGUGGGAAACCACAAGAAGAUGCAAAAUGUAUACAAGGGAGAAUCUAGAGAACUUCUACCAUGUGAUGGGAUAGCCCAAGGCAUUGAUUUCUAUGUACAUCAGAAUGCAAAUCCCUCUGCUGUCUUCACCAGAAUCUCCCAUUACAGGCCAUGGAUCAAUAAGAUCUUGAGGGAGAAUUAA